CAUUCUUUCUUAUUUGUGUUCAUGUGAAUUGAAUUCAAAAUCAUGUCGGCAAUCGUGUCCUUCAUUCGUUUGGCGUCACUCCUCUCGCUCUGCGAGGUCGGAGCAGUGACGCCCCCAACGCAAACGCCAUGUGCGACUCUAAAAGUCAACUACGGCAAGACUGGUUGUGUGCAGUUAUCAGUCGAUUUGGCCUAUUACAUGUUGUACGAGCCCUUGGAUCCUAGUGUCACGACAGAUGCCAGCGACUUUACGUUUACCUUGUUGCUGCAGAGUCCUACCACGUUUUACCAAGGCAGCAGUAGUAAGUGGCUGGGUCUAGGUAUUGGUUUGAAUGGUGGCAUGAAGGGUGCGGAUUUCGUGAUGCUGACUAAGGCGAAUGCGACUAGUUGGACGUUGACUGAUCGCUACAGUGACGACUACGCGAGACCUUUUGAGGACAAGUCGCAAGACUACGCUUUGGUGUCUCAAACCGAGACUGCAAGUAAGAUCGAGUUCACGAUUAGUCGGAAAGUCAAUACAUGCGACUUCUUCGACACGAAAUUGAAUCAAGCCGAACCGAACUUUUGCCUAUGGGCACAUGGCACAGCACGGACGGACAAAAGACACUCCAUGCAUGCGGGAGAAAGCAGUAGAGGAAGCGUGAUGUGCGACUUUUGGGUCAGGAGUGCUGUUGGGGGGGCUGGUUUGAAUGCGGGAACGACGGACUACGCGAUUAAAGCGCACCAUGGGAGUGAUCCGAAUGACAAGGCUUACGGUACCCUUAUAACUUCUACUAGGAUCAUCAUCAUGAGGAAGCAAGAGCUUUUUAGGUCGCCCGUGAUUUUUAGCAGGAAAAAGGUCGCGCCUGGUGCUAGAUUUGAAUGUUUUUAUACACCAGCGACUGGAUAGGUUCGUUUACUGUAGUUCUAGUUUUUUGUGUGUAGCUCCUUGCUUCAAACAAAAUGUCUAUCCCAUGAUGGUUGAGAUAUCGAAAUCGUGAAUUGAUUUUUUUUCCCCCUUAUAAUCACCUUAAUACUCCUCCUCCAAAUGAUCCUCUUCACAGUGAGAACCGAUCACCUGAUCAAGUCCGUCUCGGUCGAAAACCAGUACAUCACGUCGUUCCUUUCUACGAAGCAAAUUUUCCACGAUUCUGGCGCUGACGAGACACAGCCUGUGCGAUAUGUGACUCGCAUCGAACCCUUGAUCGACAACAAAGCGCUUUUGCAUCACAUUAUCUUGUACUCGUGUCCAGAGUUGACUCCCGAGACCAUGCCAUCCACGAUCUACGACGUUUUGAUGAUAGACGGCUGCUUAGCCCUAAUUGCGUGGGCAGUGGGGUCGAACGGAAUUCAGUUUCCCGAGAACGUGGCAUUUAAGCUAGGGGAGCGAGAAACGGUUUUAGCAUUGAACAUGCAUUACUACAAUCCGAGUAUGGUUGCCAACGCUCGGGACGCGAGUGGCUUCACGAUUAGCGCGCUGCCAAGAGGCGUAAAGACGGAUACGGAAUCUGAUAUGUGGCUGUUUGGGGAGUUGUUUUUUCAAGGUACAGUGGUGCUGGCUCGUCUCUUUAGGUCUAGUAAGUGAAAAGUGCCUCUUAUGCUUUUGAUAUGUUAACUCAGUAGUCUUAGAAAUAGAGUAUCCUAUGAAAGGUGUGUCUCUACGGUCACUAUGAAAGGUGAUAACAGGGACAUUAGCAUGCAGAGUAUCCUAGCUUCGAAGUCAAGGACUUCAUGCUCUUUCGUAUCUCUCAUGCAUGGUCUUCAGGUCUGAUCGGCAGCAAGAUGCAUCCGCAGUACUCUUAUGCCCAUUAUUGUCCUGCCACCUGUGUAGAGGAUAUGAUGGAAGCGAAGGAGGUGACGGUGAUGCAACUCGGCUACCAUGGUCAUUUCGACACACGUCGAUCCGAAGCGGGCCUGAUGGUGCUGGAAAACUCAGUGUUUGAUCCGGCAUUGAACUCUUCAUCUUCUUCGAGUGGACCAACUGGAGCGUUCUCACCUUCAGGCGGGCAACAGGUAGAUCCAUCCCAGUACAUGAAAUCUCUGCAACCCGGCCCCCUGCAUUUGUACGACUACAAUCACCAGAGGAUCGUCGAAUCUUCCUUGAAGAUCCAAAAAGGCGUUCAUGGUACGUAUGUGAAAUGUCGGUGGGAUUUCUCAAAUCGCCAUUACGCAAUGAGCUACGGUGAUGGAAGCAACGAUGAGAUGUGCUUCGCUUUGUGGCAGUACUAUCCGAGACAACCGGGACUGGGAGAUGGGACUUGCAGUUUCAAUCUCGACGACAGGUCCUGGAUUGGAGAUUAUCGCGCGAAGGCAUCGACAUACUGCGACACGCAUUGCGAGAAGAAGAUGCCGACAGUGGGAGGUGGCGGAGUAACGAAUAACGAUGGGGGAUACUAUGUUUAUGAACCGGCCGCGUAACGGUUUUAGUUACUGACAGAUAGAUGUUAUAAAUAUAUUUGUUAUCACUAUCAGCCAACCUCAACUUUGAAGACACGAGAUAUAGAAGAUAGAAGACUUCUCAAAUAAGUUGUGAAACAACUACCAGCAUCAUUCUUUCUCAGGCUCAGCCUCUAAUUCCCCAAGAAAACUUCGGGACUUCCAGCGGGCACCGACUUGUUUUCCGCACAAACAGCACCUUUCUCGAUCUAUGGUGGAAAACUCGAGACCAGAACUAAGAGCAUCCUCAUCAGUGAGAUGGAAGCUGGUUGCGCUACCUGCAGUGCAACACAGCGACUGUGGAGCACGCAAGUGCCUUGUACAACCUGCCAUGCCCAAAACGUCACCACCGACUGCGGCGUCUUGGUCUACAAGGGCUACUGCCCAGCGUCGAUCCUGCCUUCGGAUGCGAGCUACAUCUCUGAUGCGAAUACGCGAGCUACUGCAGUCUCGACCUUUGCUCAGAACUACUAUGCCGAUGAGGAAACGAAAUUGUGUUCGCACUACUGCGCAAUUGGGAAGGAAGCGAAAAGCUUGGUAAGCUGUGUGCGGGGUGGACGAUAUGCAUGGUCCCCGCCUCCGAGGGCGAGCUUUGGUGUGCGAGUGCCAAGUCAAACACUUGCGGGAGGAGGACAAUGUACUUCUAGCGUUCGUGGUUUCAUUUUCAGGUGUAAUCGAUUUUUACAGCAGUUACUUAAUAUUACGGCACAGUUUUUUAUGAUGCCUCUUGCUCUUUCUUUCAUUUUCUCUCCGUCCAACAGGUCCCGCCAGUGGUGUCCCAGAUGAGAGCGAUCAAUGUCAAGCACAUAGCGAUUGUCUCUCGUAUGAAUACUGUGCAGACACUAAAACCUGGCAUCCAGAGACAGCAGCUUGGACUUCAGGCAGCAUCCAGAACCGGAAAAUGUGCCGGUCAUGCAGUGAGUGCUGUAAACGAGUAGAUGCUGUGGAUCAUGCGUGUCCUUCUCACUGCCUUUGCCCAGUGGCGCCAAAGACGUGCUAUGCAGAAGGCACCGACCACAUGCUCUGUUCGGCAUACGGAUUGAACGAUGCGGCGAAUGGCGUUUAUAAUAGUCUUCUGAACAACAACGGAGCUGUGGUGCCUAGUACCUGUGUAAACAUAGCGAGUGUGACGGUGACAACAACAGCUUCAUCGUCAGGAUCUACUAGUAACACAUCCGCAUCUACUUCAAUGCUAGCGACAAAGCUUGCUGCCGCAUGUCCAUCUCUCUGCACCCAAUUUCCGGCUGGUAGCUAUGUUCGGCUAGACACUGAAUCUCGUGUCUGCGAACCCUGCAUAGAUUUCGACGACGUCUACUCAAAACGGAUGACCAACUACAUGGACCAAUUUUUGCCGGAAAGUAUGAGGACACUGCUGAAGCCUUACACUUGUGCACGUGCAGAACAUAUUUUGGCGAUCAUGAAGCCCUUCAACCCUUUCAUCCAUGUAUCCUUAGAGCGACAUGCGCAUGCUUUGUGCAGGUACUCGUUGCGGUCACAACUGUGCACGAGACAGGAAGGACAGAUUCUGGGGUCCUCUGGGAGUGGGAGUAGUGGGGAUAGUAGCAGUAGUGGAGCAGUGCGGGCGUACUCUACUUCUAGCGGCAGAAUAUUGCUCUCUUCAGCAAUAGGGACAGUGCUAGGACUAGUCCUGCUUUUGGACCUUGUGGCAGGCGGUAGAACGUGAGGUUGGUUCUUGACGACGAGGUGGGCAUGGUGAAUGUGGGCACCCACAUGAUGCUAUCGAUGAAUUUGUGACCAAAACUGUGCAUGAAGAUAACGGAACUGAUAUGGCUUGCCACCGCGUCAGGGGAAUUUUUCCUCAGCGAAGGCAAGUUUCAAUUAAAGAAACUGAUAGAUAAUGAUUCAGCCUCGAUCAUAAAAAUAGAUUUAACAUGUGUCUGUUGUAACUUCAUUACGUG